AUGCCUUCGCACGUGGCCACCCUUGUCUUGGCCGCCCUGUCGGGUCUGGCCCUGGCAGCUCCUGCGCCUGCGGCAACCUGGGUGCCUACGGGGCACACUGCUCAGGGGCGCCUACGUUGGCCCUUCACAAAGAUGCCGCCAACCCAGGACCUACUUCCUCGGCAUCCCCUACGCCAAGCCUCCCGUCGGGUGCCCUUCGUUUCGCCCUCGCCCAACCCGCUGCAGACGACCUUUCAGGGGCGUUCGCAACGCGACCGAGUAUGGAUGGAUGUGCAUAGGAGUUAUGUCCAGGGUGGUUCUCGUGACCCGAGGUACAACCUCACCGAGAUCGUUGACCAAUCUGUCAAGGAGGGCAAGCCCAUCGUGGCCGUCUCCAUCAACUACCGCCUGUCGCUCUGGGGCUUCCUCUUCAGCGAAGAGCUCAAGAAUGCCAAGGCCGGUAACACUGGCCUCAAGGACCAGCGCGUCGCUCUUGAGUGGUUGAACAAGAACAUCGCCGCCUUUGGUGGUAGCCCCGACAAGGUCACCAUUUGGGGCGAGUCUGCUGGUGCUCGUGCCCUGGGUAUGCAGCUCAUCGCCUACGACGGCAAGCACAACGGCAUCUUCCGCAGCGCCAUUCUUCAGAGUGGUAGCCCAACGGCCGUGUUCAAGGGUGCCGCCGACUGGCAGCCGUACUUUGACGCCCUCCUUGCCAAGACCGGGUGCUCCUCCGCCGCCGAUAAGCUUGCCUGCCUCCGUGCUCUUCCCUGGCAGACGCUGAACAGCAUCUUCAGCGGCAGCGAUGCCUUGAGCGUCGCCGCGCCGACCCUGAGUGCCGUCGUCGACGGCGACUUCAUCAGCGCCCAGGCCUCCGUUCUCCUGAAGCAGGGCAAGUUCGCUCGCGUGCCCCUCCUCACCGGCACCAACUUUGACGAGGGCACCGCCUACGCUCGGAACGGCAUCAACAAUGAAGACGGCUGGCUCUCGUGGCUGUCGGCUCUCGGCCUCAACUCUACCCAGGCCGCCGGUGUUUCCUCCCUGUACCCCGAUGACCCCGCUGUUGGCAUUCCCGCCUUCUACGAGGGCCGGCCCCCUGCGUCCCCCUUCGGCACCCUCUUCAAGCGCUCGGCCGCCUUGGCUGGCGACUACCAGCAGCACGCCGGCCGCAGGCUCCUGACCGAGACGUACUCGGCCGCCGGCCUGCCCGUCUACUCCUACCACUGGAACGCCAUUGCCAACGGCCUGCCCAACCCCAUCUACGGCGCCACCCACUUCCAGGAGGUCGCCUUUGUGUUCAACAACGUUGCCGGUCGCGGCUACACUGCCAACCCCUUCGCAGGCCGGCCCCAAUCGUACGUCGAGCUCGCUGACCUCAUGAGCAAGAUGUGGGUCUCCUUCAUCCACGGCGGCAACCCCAACGUCGACGCCGUCCAGUGGCCCAAGUACUCGGGCGCCAACCCCACGAACCUCGUGUUCGAUCCCAGCCGCGACAACCUCCGCUACACCGAGGUUGACGACUACAGGGAGGAGGGCAUCGACUACCUUCUCAACAGCGUCUUCGUUUGAAGCAUGAAAAUGUGAUUUAUCUAUAUAUCCUUAUUCGU